AUGGAAAAUUGUGCCUGUAGCAUAUAUUCAGAUCACAAAGAACCAGCUUUACCGCUAAAUGAUAAAGUCGGAAUACCUAAAAUUAUGAUAACUUCGGAAGAUAACAACAAAGGAGUAGUAUACGGGGUUAACAUGUCACAAUCACAGUCAAAGCACGACUACCUGGCGAGACUGACGAUGGACAUGACGAGCCUGGAAAUUUCGAGCGCACACACAGAUAACCCUAUGUCACAGACAUUCACAGAGUCGAAGAGUUUUGGCUCAAGCGAAUACAACUGGAUGUCAGGGUUGGUGGAGUCUAGAGGAAGCUGUGAAACAUCGAACACGUACAUGUACGACUCGAUAAACACGCAGCUGUCUCAAGAUAAGCUGGGAUACGCUUACGAGCCGAGCAUAUCGACUGAGCAGAUCAACCCAGACGAGCUCGGUCUGGCAAACGUGAGUCUCCCGCUGCUAGACUACUAUCCAACGUAUAACGUGGAGGCUGAAAAAAUUUCACAAGUCACACUGCCACAUACACCGCAGGACUCAGUGCAGUCAAACACACUCAGCCAAAAUUAUAGGCUGCGUAACUCACAGUACAACGCUUCUGUAUCAUCAACAGACACAAUUUCACCGCUGCAAAUGUCAUUCAUCAAGUCGUACAGAAAAAACUUGUACCAGGCAAAAGAUUCCUUCGUGUUCCUGAAAAUAUUAGCAACGCAGCUUGUGUCAGGAACAAUUAUUGGAAGAGGGGGAAAAGGAUUAAACUGGUUUAGGAGAAAAAGUAAAGUGGAAGACAUUGUUCUGUCAAUGCCAUGGGAACUAUACCCGAAGACAGAAUAUAGAACACUACUACUUAAAGGCUCACUCAAGGCUGUGAUUAAAUCCACGUGCAUAAUCGCAGAACUCAUGAACUCGAGGUAUUCACUACUCUCAGACAACACAAUGAUGGUGAUGGUGGUGCUCCCAGACCUGUUCCUGACAGCACUGGACGAGAUUAAGAAGUCGACGAACCCUAACCUACUGUCAAUCACACUCUUCAGAGACGAAAACUCGCAGCACCAGGAAAUUGUUGCAGUGCUGAAGGGAGAUAAGUCGAAGGUGAAGGACCUGGUGGCAGCAGUGGCGACGUCAGUGACGGAAACUGUGUCGCCCGAAAAAUACUGUUUCGUCUCAUACCCAAACUCUGACGAGUACCAGUACCACAUGCAAAUGUCGGACUCAGGAAGCGAGACACUCAAGCGCCACUCAUCAACCAGAGCGCAAUACUCAAACUACGCUCUAAAAAAUCACUCGAGAGAAAUAGACACACUGGUUCAACAAAUUGAAAAUUCAGUAGAAAAGGCAAACGGGAACCUAGUAACACUUUCGAAAAUUUCAACACUGGUCAAACACAAGCCGGAUUUAAUGUCGAAAAAUGUCGAGGUACACAUAACACUCAAGGGCCCAAUCCCGGAAGAAGCGUUCACAGUGAUCACAUCUUACAAGUGCGAACUAACCCAGAGUGAGCAGGAAAACGGGACCGUCAACUGCAAAGUCGCGGGCCAGUUCGCAGGAUGCUUCGCAACACUCCUCUACAUAUUUACAGUCACGGACCAAUCAAACCAUGUAUAA